AUGACGGAAUGGCAGAGUUUUGAUGAUUUGUUUAAUUCUAUUCUGUCACACGCUCCUGAACUGCCAGACGUUGAACGUUUUGAGUUUCUGAAAAUGUCUUUAAAGGGUGAAGCCUUGUCAUUGGUGUCCCACCUUGCGUUAACGGCUACAAACUAUUCUAGUGCGUGGAAAAUCUUGCGUUCUCGUUAUGGCAACAAACGUGAUCUCGCCCGCAUUCACCUCGAUGCUCUUCUUGCUAACCAGAAGGUUAAGGCAAAUGAUGGUACAUCUAUACAAACUCAGAUCAAUACGAUCUUAGAGAACACUGCGGCCCUGGACAACCUCGAUUUCGUGACACGCCAGUGGAGUCCGCUUCUGGUGCAUGUCGUUGAAAAACACCUCGACUACGAGCUACGUGCUAGGUGGGAAUUGGUCGUUGGGGAUAACCAUUAUCCACAAAUAUCUGAAUUUGUCGACUUCCUGCGUACGCAUCUGCGAUCUGCGGAAAUCUAUUCUACUUGUACCUCAGUUGACCGGUCAGACAGUGUGUCCAAACCCCACAAGUCAGCAAAACAACCAAAUUUCAAACCUCGUUCAUCAUCCACCGUUCUAGCAACUACUUCUAGUCACUCACCAGUUAAGCCGUGUCCACUCUGUAAUGCGCCUCAUUCAAUAAGAUUAUGUAAAAAAUUUACUGACAAGCCUCCGAAUGAACGCUUUAAUAUCGCAAAGACUCAUCGUUUGUGCAUAAAUUGCCUUGGAUUCGGUCAUUCUUCAAUGAGUUGCACCUCAAAGUAUAAAUGUCAGUUGUGUAAACGAAGUCAUCACUCGUUGUUACAUUUUGACGCAACUACUGCUGCCACUACGUCCUCAGAUUAUGUGCCCUCGGGUAGUGUCCCACAUGCUGCGACCUGUCUUGUGCGAGGCCUGCCUCAGAGUGUCGUGUUGUUGUCUACAGCCCUCGUUGAUGUAUAUGCUGCUGAUGGCCGACGCCAUGUCUUGAGAGCCUUGUUGGAUUGCGGUUCACAAGCCAGCUUCAUCACCGAGAAAGCGUGUUGUGCUCUAAUGCUUCGUCGGUAUCAUUCACCUGUUAAUGUUUCUACGUUCGCUAGUACAGUUUCGACGUGUAUUCGUGGGAAAUGUAGUAUAAAUAUUGUUCCCUGUGGCCUACAAGCACCAUCAGUUUCUACUGACGUCUCAAUAAUUUCUAAAAUCACUGGGCCCACUCCUCAAUCACCGUUAAUAACUGGGCAGUGGACACAUAUUCAGAAUUUACCCUUAGCAGAUCCAUCAUACAACAUCCCUGGUGCGAUCGAUUUGUUAUUGGGAGCCGACCUGUUACCUUCGAUUUACCUGGAUGGUUUGCAAAGAGGUCUGGUUGGUGAACCUAUCGCCAUGAACACUAUAUUUGGUUGGGUUCUCUUGGGACCAAUGGAUUCAUGUGAUCGUUCUUCCAUUACUACAAUGUGUCUAACUAUCUCAGAACCCCUUGAUUCGCUAUUGAAACAAUUCUGGGAACUUGAAGAACUGCCUAUCACCUGCCAUUUGAGCCCCGCUGACCUUGCCGCAGAACAACUCUACCAAUCAACUACAACCCGUUUAAGUUCCGGACGUUUUGUCGUCUCGCUUCCGUUUCUUAAACCAUUACCGUUGCUCGGCGAUUCGAAGACGUUGGCUCUCCAGAGAUUCAAGGCCCUUGAGUUCAGACUAAAUCGUAAUAACACCCUAAAGACUCAGUACGCUGAAUUUAUGCGCGAUUACUUGACUGCUGGUCAUAUGGAGCUAAUCCCACCAGCGGAGCACGGAAAUCCGUAUCAUUAUUAUAUUCCGCACCAUUGUGUUAUCAAACCAGAUAGCCUUACUACCAAAUUGAGGGUGGUGUUCAACGCAUCUGCCAAGACUUCAGCCGGUAUAUCACUUAAUGAAAGUAUGUACACGGGCCCCAAACUCCAACCAGAUAUACAACGUGUUCUACUACGUGCUCGUCUGUGGAAGUAUCUAUUCAUGGCUGAUAUAAAACAAAUGUAUCGCCAGAUCCUCGUUAGACCCGAAGACAGAGAUUACUUGCGGAUCUUGUGGAGAUUUUCAUCUACCUCUCCCAUUGACGAAUACCGUCUGUGUACUGUGACGUACGGAACAUCAGCAGCACCCUUCCAAGCACUCCGUACCGUCCGUGAAUUGGCCAGUGUCGAUGGCGCAAGUUGGCCGAUAGCUGCUUCGGUCUUGUUGAACGAUACCUUUGUCGAUGACAUUCUUACAGGAGCAAACACAACAGAAGCUGCUCUUGAAUGUCAAUCUCAACUAAUCAAUCUGUGUGCGAUGGCACGAUUUCAAUUGCGAAAAUGGGCCAGUAAUAAUACUCAGCUUUUAGAGACUGUUGCUGACGAUGCCCGUGCCAUGUCUCCAUCUGUUCUCUUUGAUAGUAGUGAACACUCAAACCUAAAGGUCCUUGGUUUAAAGUGGGAUCCAUUAGCUGAUACUUUCUCGUUUAAAGUGCACCCGUCGAAAGUUCACCCAACUAAGCGUACAGUGCUCUCAGAUAUUGCUAGGGUUUUUGAUCCUUUAGGUUUAAUGUCUCCUAUCACCUUCUGGACAAAAUACCUAAUGCAACGCCUAUGGACGUCAGGCGUGUCGUGGGACGAUCCGAUACCCGCUGACAUAGAGACAUCCUGGUCAAGGUAUCAGUCUGAGUUACACUUGAUUGAACAUAUCCCUAUCCCACGACGUCUCACCUGGGAUAACAUGGUUUCGAUGCAGCUCCACGCGUUUUCCGAUAGUUCCGAAAAGGGGUAUGCUGCAGCCAUUUAUCUUCGAGUUGAAACUACAACAGAAAUCCACUGCCAGCUUAUAACCGGUAAGUCAAAGGUGGCGCCUCUCAAGAAAACCACGAUUCCACGGCUUGAAUUGUGCGGAGCUGUACUUGCUGCAAAGCUGCUGAAGUCGGUAACAACUACCUACAACGAGCGCAUGAAGAUUGAUGAAACCUAUGCGUGGACUGAUUCUACAACUGCCUUAGCUUGGAUCCAAUCAUCACCGCAUCGUUGGGCCACCUUCGUAGCCAAUCGUGCUAGCCAAAUCCAAGAGCUCACAGCCCCAUCAAUUUGGCAUUACGUCCCCACUCAAGAAAAUCCAGUUGACUGCGCGUCUCGCGGGUUAUUCCCCUCAGAACUGGUAAACCAUCCCCUGUGGUGGACCGGUCCGGCUUUCUUGAAGGAAUCGUCUGACAAAUGGCCAACGUUAUCUGUCCCACAAUUGAACGACCACAAUCCUCUGACUCAUUCUGAGGCGAAGAAAGCUACUGUACUUCUCGUAAAUGCUGAAGUAUCCCUUGUAAGGUUGCUGACUCGAUUUUCUUCGUUAGACAAAAUUCUUCGUAUUGUCUCAUACAUUUAUAGAUUUGUCGGUUUUCGGCCGUCAACUGCGACAACCGCAAUUGUAAGCGCGGAAGAAUUUGUACGCGCUCUUCAUGGGCUCAUCCGUGGUGUCCAACAAGAGAUAUUUCUCGAUGACUUAACACGUCUAAAAAGGGGCGAUCGUUGUUCAAAAACCCUCCGUCCCUUAGAUCCAUUUAUUGAUGAGAAUGGGUUACUCAGAGUGGGCGGUAGACUUCAUAAUGCUGAAAUACCAUAUGACCAUAAGCACCCAAUUUUGUUGCCAUCCAGACACUGA